CAGGGUGAGUGUGCGCAGGCGCUCUGCCUAUGCUGAGCUGCAGGUCGCCGUACACGCCUGGGUUCUGUAGGGAGGGUUCAGUCUUUCCGGCUGCGGAGGGAGCGGGAGAGGGUUCAAGAUGGAGUCCGACGCGCACGGUGGAGGAGCCAGCAGGGCAGCCGAUGAAGACCCUGGUGCCGCAGAAUUUGCAGUGGGCACAGCACGUGGUAGCUGCAGCGAGCCGGGUGGUGCUGGUGGCCAGGAUGACCCUGGCAACCCAGCUGGCCCUGGUGAUGCCGUCAGCCGUGGAGUUCAUGGAGGCGCUGGUGACCUGGCUGGUCGCAGAGGCCCCAGCGCUGCAGGAGAGUCAGGUGGUGCAGCUGGUGCCAUUCUGCAGAUCCCGGGGCCAUCACACGCUCCAGGGCCUGGUGGAGCUACUCCACCUGCAGCCGCAGUUCUGAGUAAUCGAGCCAUCCAGUUGUAUCCUAUUCCAGGAACCCCAGCGGGCCAGGCGGCCGCGGGGGCCAGGAUCAGCCUCACUGUGCCUUUCACAUCACACGUGGAUGCGGGCCUUGCCCGCCACUUCCUGACUGCACGUACUCAACUGCGAGGGCCGAUUCGGAAGGAGCUCGACGUUAAUGGCCGCAUGCUGGUUCUCCGAUUGACUGCUGAAGACCCUGGCCUGCUCCAGAACUCCAUCGUCUUCUGUCUGGAGCAGCUUUCCCUGGUGAUGCAGUCCUUGCAGCACUUUGGGGGCCCUGUUUCUCGGCACAGAAGAAGGGUUUAAACCCAGCCUAUGUGCCCUAGCUUCAGGUGUCGUUCCCCAGGGCAUUGCUUUCUGCAGUACUUUGAUCGGGCUUCAUCUUAUGUCUGUGCUGCUUUUGGGGGCUCAGUGUCUACAUAGUUGUUUGGAGAUUGUUAACUGCAGAAAAUAAAACUGAGCUUUUGUGCUGUCUCUGACUUUA